AUGGAGGAAGGCAAUGACAAUAAGUAUCAAAGACGAAGGACUUGCAUACCAGUAAACAUAGCAGAAAACUGGUUCCGAUACUUCCAGUACGACCCCGAGCAGGACUCAGCGAGUGAGGUGCGGAACAUCCUCCUGAUCAUCGCUACCCUGGUUGCGACUGUCACGUUCCAGGCAGGCGUGAACCCUCCCGGCGGGAUAUGGCAAGACAAUGAUGAUGGCCACUCGGCUGGCAGAGCAAUCUAUGCGUCUCAUCAGAUUGCCUUUUAUGUGUUCUUGGUCUCUAACACUUUCGCGCUCUCCACUUCUCUGCUUGUCAUUGUCUGUCUCACUUACAGGUUCCCAUUCCACUUUGAGAUAUGGGUGGCCACGGCCUCGAUGAUGGUGACCUACGCGUCGGCAAUCUUUGCCGUGACGCCACAUGAGUCGGUGAGGUUCCGCUACGUGUUAAUCGCAGGGACGCUACCAGUGAUAUGUCGGUGCAUUUUCCAAAUGUACAGGAAGCUGGAUAAUUCGAGCAAGCAGUCACCGAAUAGCGUGAGCCAGCAGAAAGGAAGGCCAGACAACGCCCGGUGGUAA